AAAAGUUCAUGUUUUCAACUAACGAACUGACUGAAAACCUCAAGUUUGGAAUCCUAGCCCACGCCCACGCCCACCUAACUAUAAUCGCCUCCUGCUCUUCAACGACACAUCUUUUAGGGUUUCUCAGAGACAAUUUAAAAUGGUGAAUGUUCCUAAGACCAAGAAGACAUACUGCAAGAGCAAGGAGUGCAAAAAGCACACUCUGCACAAGGUUACACAAUACAAGAAAGGGAAGGAUAGCCUUGCUGCACAAGGGAAACGUCGUUAUGAUCGCAAACAAUCAGGUUAUGGUGGUCAGACAAAGCCUGUUUUCCACAAGAAGGCCAAAACCACCAAGAAGAUUGUCCUGAGGCUGCAAUGUCAAGGUUGCAAGCAUGUUUCUCAGCAUCCUAUCAAGAGAUGCAAGCAUUUUGAAAUUGGUGGAGACAAGAAGGGGAAGUGUACCUCCCUUUUUUAAAGGCAACGUCACAUGCAUGUUGGCCGUGUUUUUUAAUGUUAAAACCCUAUGCCAGAAGUCCAAAUGUGCAGUUCGUUUUGUUUCUUUAUUUUGCUGUCAUUGUUAGACAUCUUACUGUUUGUUUAUGGUGUUAAUUUGAUAAUUAUUAAUAGUGAAUUGGUUUUUUUAAUCAA